GAUAACGUGUGAAUAUUGUGUUUCCUAUCAUUACUACUUAGCUGAGCAUUUGAUAGAUAGCAUGUUGAUCCGUCUGGACAAGAAGAGUCAAGACAAGAAAUGCUAGCUGGCUAAAAACAAUCACUCGGAUUGCUUAUUAGCUAAAUUAGCUAUCCUGCUGCCAGAGAUUCCGGUUUUGUGGGGAUUUGGACUGCCCAGACUGGGUUCUUGCCGAAAUCAGCACUUUGGCGAAAAUCUCAAGUGUGAAGAUGAAACUCCUCUGUGUCCAGGUGUUGAUGGAUCUGCUGGGAGAGGGUAUUGAUUAUGACAAAGUUUCAAAGCUAACUGCAGAUGCAAAGUUUGAGAAUGGAGACAUCAAGGCCAGUGUAGCCGUGUUGACCUUCAUCCUCUCCAGUGCAGCCAAACAUGAUGUGGACAGUGAAUCUCUCUCCAGUGAGCUGCAGCAGUUAGGACUCCCUAAAGAACACACCACAGGACUGUGUAAAUCCUAUGAAGACAAGCACAUUGCCCUGCAGGAGAAGCUAAGGGAGAGCAGUCUGAGAUUGGGUCGGUUGGAGGUAGUGUCGUGGCGUGUUGACUACACCUUGAGUUCCAGUGAGCUUCAGGAGGUUAAUGAGCCCACAGUGCAGCUCUGUCUCCAGACCCAAGGGGCAGAGACUGGACACACGGAGACCACCAUCGUCUCUGUGUCUGCAGACAAGUUCAGAGUCCUGCUGACAGAACUAAAACAAGCACAGGCCAUGAUGAAUGCACUACAAUGAAGCAAGACUAAAGGUUUCGAUUAAUGAUGCAGUGACUGGAUCAGAAGAAAGUCAAGCAAGAGUGCAAGACAUUGACAGAAUAUCAUACAGGAUGAGUGGACCAUGAUCUUUUGAAUGUAUUUUGUACAUUGUGUUUAUUCUAUAAUUGUUAUUAAAUAUGUUGAUGUAUUUCUCA